UGCUUGAGCAGUAUUUGUCAAGUUUAGGCAAUAUGUAAUAAUUAUAAUCACAGCUUUAAUCUCACAAAUAAUUACAGAGAGACGUCUCUGUAGCAGGUGUGUAUAGUUGGCAAACCCUCAAGAAAUCUAUUUUCAAUGUCCUUUCUAUUUAAACAUGGAACGAUGUCCAUCUGUAACACACGUAUGGUUAUGCUAUGAGUGGAUGCAGAAACCCCGCCUGCUAUUCAGAUAUCGACAACAAUACAAGUGUUAUUAAAAUGAUUAAAACAAAUAGCAGGUGUAUUAAAUAUUAGAAGACUAGAUUCUGUGUGGAUUCUGUGUGGAUAGUCUCCUACACAAGAUUGCUGUGUUUUGGAGGACAUUUAAGGUCGGAGGUGUAUAUGAAAUGAUACGAUUGGCAGAUGAUUUCAUUCGACAUGUUUUCCAUAGGAACAGCCUAGAGAUAUAGGCUAUAUAUAGCGUGGUACAUAUGUGUUCAGUGUAUGAUCUGAAACGUGGCCAUGUGUGUAUUACGAAACAAUGUUGUUAUUUUUUACAAAAGGAACGUAGGCUUUAACGUGCCUAAUGCAAAUGCUGCAUACUGUAGGUUGCUAUAUGAUGUGACGUAGAUCAUUAAUACGUUGGUGGUGGUUACAAAGUAGGUAUCUAUUUCUUGAAGAGGGGUGCUUAAUAUGUAAACAUUUGGUCAUAUUUUAAUAGUGGGCCUAAUUAAUUUGGAUAACAGUUAGACUGCUCUCAACUCUCAGUUAAAAUGUAUAGUUAAUAUUGCUGCUCCAUUGAUAAAACAAGCCUGUUGAUUCUACCCAACAACACCCUUCUCUCUUUGUGGAAUGGUACGUUCUCUCCACACAGAUUUCAUUCAUAAAAUUCCAGCUCACUAUAAAAGGAGGCGCGCUCCACUAUCUGCACCAACUACCAUUCACGUGAAAGAACCCAGAAAAAGUGAUGCACAGAGACUCGAGCCCAAACUACAAUGUCUCGAGCUCGUCCGGCAGCAGCAGCAGCAGCAGCAGCAGUUUAGCAUCGCCUACCGGAGACAUACCCGCGUGCAGUCAGCGGUCUCCAAGCUCACUCACGAGCGCAUCAUCAAUAGACAGCAGCACGUCUCAGAAUGUCUGCGGUGAAACAGACUGUCCACGGCAGUCUGCCGUUGUUCCUACAGUGACUGCGAUCUCAGCCUUCUCGGAUCUGCAGUGGAUGGUCCAACCGACCACCGUCAUCUCAGCAUCUGCCUCCCCCUCCUCCCCUUCCAGCAGCGCAAAGCCUACAAGAGCUCAUGGCGCAACCCAGUCAUCUUCAAGAGCGGGAGGGAACACGGAACAAUCCACCAGCACGAGAGGGAAAAAACAGGCUACAUCAGAAGAGGAUGAGAGGAGGAAGAUCAGGAGAGAGAGGAAUAAAGUCGCAGCGGCCAAGUGUCGCAACAGACGGAGGGAGCUCACCGACACCCUGCAAGCCGAAACUGAUCAGCUUGAAGAGGACAAAGAGGCCUUGCAGACAGAGAUAGCCCACCUCCUGAAAGAGAAAGAGAGUCUGGAACAGAUCCUAUCCGCCCACCAGCCAGCCUGCAAACUAGCCGCAGCUGAAGACAACAACGUGGAGGAAGACAUCGACGAAGACAUCGCCGAUGACAUCGACCGCAUGCUCCAGGACCCUCCGGAUUCCCCCCAGCUGCUCUCCAUCUUGGAGAAUGAAGACAAACUCCAACUCCCAGAGGGAAAUGCAACACUAGUGAAUGUGUCUGACACUCCUUCGCUUCAGGACAUGGAAACUGUUGUGGUUCCCUCGAACAUCUCCAUCUCUGCGUCAGCCAUCUUGGGUAACUCCAACAUCCUGCUGUGCUCCAGCGCUGAGGAAGAACCCAUGGACGACCUAAACUUCGACCGGGAUGACUUAGACAACCUGGUCCCUAGCCUGGAACUCAACAUGGCUGUGGCCCCUGAGACUGCCCCGUCUGUUCCCGACAUCGACCUCCUCGGAGGCCCCUUCUGCCUCUCAGACUGGGAGACCCUGUACAAGUCGGUGGCCAACAAUCUGGAGCCCCUCUGCACCCCCACGAUGAUGACUUCCAGUGACAGUCCUACCUGUAGCAGUUACCGCUCUGUGUUUAGUUUGAAUUACACAGAGAUAGACUCUUUGGCGGGGACAGGAGUUGCAACUCCAGCUCUGAGACCCUCAAAUGAGGUGUUGGUGGUAGAUCUGAUUUGAUGAACGGUAAUCUGAACUCUCCCACACUGUUGACCUUGUGACACUGUUAUGGGACUGGUGGGACAUAUACAUAUAGGGCUAGUUUCCCCUACUCACAGAUUGAGCCUUAGUCUUCGAUUAAAAAAGCAGUGUUCAAUGAGGAUUCUCCAUUGAAAGUGCCUCUUUAGUCCAGGACUAGGCUUAAUCUGCGUCUGAGAAACACGGCCCUUGAGGUUGAUAUUGAACCAAUAAGCUAUGGUCUAUUCAUCUACCUCCCCCCUGAUGUUUUGUUGUGCUUGUUAUGAUGUUUUGUUAACAUUUAACCUUUAGCACCAAAUUAAAUGGUUACUGUGACUAUAACAGUAUCAACAUCUUCCAUAUAUAUAUAUAUAUAUAUAUAUAUAUAUAUAUAUAUAUAUAUAUAUAUAUAUAUAUAUAUAUAUAUAUAUAUAUGGAAGAUCUAUAUAUAUUGGUGCACCUGUGAGGGCUGUUCACGCUCUUGAAAAAUAUAUCUAUUUGUUGUCCUUGUAUCAAAAUUAAAUGCAUGCAAAAUCAUACCAUUUGAUUAAAAAGGGGUGCUAUAUCUUUGUUUUUCCAUCCUUAAAUAUAAAUGUGAAACUAGACUGUGGUUUGUGAGGAUACUGAUAUCAGAUUGUGUCUUAUUAACAGGUGAAAUUACAGUUUGAGUAAUGUGGACAUCAUUUUUACUGUAAAGUGACAUUUCUUUCUGGUUUUCCAUGAAAACAGAGCACCUUGUAUUUUAUCAAGAUGUAUUUUAUGACAUAGUUUAUUUUUUUACCUUAAAAAGUUUUGACUAAUUGUUGGUAACACAGACAAAUAAAAUAAUAAAACUGGUUGUUUGGA